AUGUGGAUAUUAGAGUUUCACAAUUGUAGACCCAAAUGGGUUAGCAGGAGGACUGGUUUAGCAUGGAAGGAUUUUAUUGAUGUUAAAGUGUUAUACUCUAAUUCAUUCUCAAUAGCUAUUUUGAUCAAGGAUGCAAGGAAGGUUGUAGUAGUGGGGGUCUUUAAUGCAAUUAAGAGCAAUGAAGAAAAAGAGGGAGGUCAUGGUUUUACUUGGUCUAAUAAAAGGAGUGGUGCUAAUUUGAUUAAAGAGAGACUGGAUCGUUGUUUAUCCACUAUGGUUUGGCGGGAAUGGUAUGAGAAAGCAGUGAUCCUUGUAGAUGGGCGACUAAAAGGAGAUUUAAAUUCCAAGAUAGAUUGUCCAGAGAUGAAAAGUAAGAAGAAUCGUGGCGAAGGCUUGGGAGAUGGCUUGUGUGGUAGCAAUAACUCCAGAACGAAUUUCAAGAGAGAAUUUGAGGAGAUCACAAAGCAGCUAGAGGAAAAAAAGGCUGAAGACAAUUUUGGAGGCAACAAAGUUUUUGAGUUGGAGAAUAAACUAAAAGAGGAACUAAAGAAAGAAGGGAGUUAUUGGAGGGAGAAGGCUAGAUGUAAAUGGCUGAAGGAGGGAGACAACGAUACCAAAUUCUUCCACAGAAAAUCCCAAUCUAGAAAUCGGAAGAACAAAAUAUGGAGCUGA